CGCCCACCCCCACCCUCUGGGCAGGAAGACAAACAGGGCUGGAACAGUCUGCACGGGACGGAAUGUCCUCUGGGCAGGCAGGACUGAGGCCUCUGCCCCCCGGGGAGGGAAUGGGGGGCCAUAUCUUACCCCCCUGCUUACUGCCCAGCACGCCCCCCACGCCUCCUGUGCUUUUUCCCUAAAAUCUCCUUUGUACACUCAUGCCUGGGGGUGGAGUUGGUGUCAUCCCAGAGUGGCCUCUACUCCCCUGAAUUUAGGAAGGUACAGCUCCCCCCACUACUAUUCUGUUUCCCUGGGUUACAAGGAGGGAAUUCAAGAAAAGACUGAGGAGCCAGGCAUGGCACACAUCUGUAAUCCCAGCCCUUGAGCGGCUGAGGUAGGAUUGCUGGGAGUUUGUGGUUACAUUGGGCUACAUAGCAAGUUCAAGGCCAGCCUGAACUAUAUAGUGAAACCCUUUAAAAAUUACAAAAAAAGAAGAGGAGGAGGAGGAAGAAGAAACUGGAACCUCGCUGCUGUGGUUCAAAUCCCAGCAAGGGCCAAGAAGGCUAUAUAUACAACAGAUGUAAUAUGCCCUGUAGUUUUUUAUUUAGAAAAAAAAGCUCCCAGCACUCAGGAAGCUGAGGCAGGAGGAUCAAAGCUAGCAUGGGCUCCACAGUGAGUUUAGGGCUGGCCUGAAUUAUAGAGCAAGACCUUGUCUUAAGGUAGGGCUGAUUCUGGAUUCAGUCAGAUCUGGAAUUUGAAUUUAGAGGCAGGUGCAGAAUGAAGGUGAAGCACUAAAACCUGGACAUAGACCCAGGACACAAAAACAGAAAAAUGUAAGGGUUCAAGCAGAUGAGUUGUUCAAAUACAGCACUUUGCUGUUUAUGGCAAGCACUGCAACUCUCUGCCUCGUUUUGUCUCCUGUUCAAUGGGGACGAUGGUAUUCCUUCUAGGGUUAUCUGAUGGGGUUCCCACUUGGCACAGGCGCUGGCAUGGUAGUGAAACUAGAUGAGCAGCGGGCAUUUUGAUAAAAUGGUGCUCACUCCACCCCAACCCCAACCCCAACCCCACUUGAAGAACUCAGGUUAUUUGAAGUGGAGGGUGGACAGAGGUGAACGCUGGCGACUGGAUGAAAUGCUGGGCUUGGUUUGCUGUGUCACUCUGUGGGGGCCCUGCCCCUCUUAGGGCCUCUCUUGGUGGGGCCUUAGACUUUGAGAUAUCUCUGCUUCAGGAGCCCGAGGACUCAGCCGAGCUGGAGAGGGAAAAGGGCAGAAAAGGGGCACCGGGGGCUGAAGGGCAGGGGGCCUGGGAGGCUGCCAGCGUCUCAUGAUCCCUCCCUUCUCUGGCCCCAGCCCAGCUCGGCCAGCCCCCUCCCACCAGGAGGCCUCUCUGUCCCCUAGGCGUCCCUAGCUUGGGAAAUAAAUUGCAGAUAAGUCAGGGUGGGGACAGAGCAGACUCCAGGCACGCCUAGAAGAGGAGCAAGGCGCCAGGAGGGCAGCAUGGGCUUCCAGCAAGACAGCGGACCCAAAGUGGCUGUACCGUCCACGUCCACCUCUUUUCUCUUCGGGGGAAGCUGCCAGUGAACGCCAACCCAUGCCCGUAGGUCGAGCACGGAGCUGCGCAAGGAGAAGUCCCGGGAUGCGGCCCGCAGCCGGCGCAGCCAGGAGACCGAGGUGCUAUACCAGCUGGCGCACACGCUACCCUUCGCACGCGGCGUCAGCGCCCACCUGGACAAGGCGUCCAUCAUGCGCCUCACCAUCAGUUACCUGCGCAUGCACCGCCUCUGCACCGCGGGGGAGUGGAACCAGAUGGGAGCCGAAGGAGAACCACUGGAUGCCUGCUACCUGAAGGCCCUGGAGGGCUUCGUCAUGGUGCUCACUGCCGAGGGAGACAUGGCUUACCUGUCGGAGAAUGUCAGCAAACACCUGGGCCUCAGUCAGCUGGAGCUCAUUGGACACAGUAUCUUUGAUUUCAUCCAUCCCUGCGACCAAGAGGAGCUCCAGGACGCCCUGACCCCCAGGCCCAGCCUGUCCAAGAAGAAACCAGAGGCCCCCACCGAGCGAUGCUUCUCCUUGCGCAUGAAAAGCACCCUCACCAGCCGUGGGCGCACCCUCAACCUCAAGGCAGCCACCUGGAAGGUGCUGCACUGCUCUGGACACAUGAGGGCCUACAAGCCCCCAAGUCAGACAGCCCUGGCCGGGAGCCCCAGCUCUGAGCCCCCCCUACAGUGCCUGGUGCUCAUCUGUGAGGCCAUCCCCCACCCGGGUAGCCUGGAGCCCCCGCUGGGCCGGGGCGCCUUCCUGAGCCGCCACAGCCUGGACAUGAAGUUCACCUACUGCGACGAGAGGAUCGCAGAAGUUGCCGGCUACAGCCCAGAUGACCUGAUCGGUUGCUCCGCCUAUGAGUACAUCCACGCCCUGGACUCGGAUGCAGUCAGCAGGAGCAUUCACACCUUGCUGAGCAAGGGCCAGGCAGUGACAGGGCAGUAUCGCUUCCUGGCCCGGAGUGGUGGUUACCUGUGGACCCAGACCCAGGCCACGGUGGUGUCGGGGGGCCGGGGCCCCCAGUCAGAGAGUAUCAUCUGUGUCCACUUCCUAAUCAGCCGGGUGGAAGAGACCGGAGUGGUGCUGUCCCUGGAGCAGACAGAGCGACACUCUCGCAGGCCCUUUCAGCGUGGCACCUCCUCCCCAAAGGACGCCCCUAAUCCUGGGGACAGGCUUGAUGCCCCAGGUCCCCGGAUCCUGGCCUUCCUGUACCCCCCAGCCCUGAGCGAGGCUACUCUGGCUGCUGACCCCCGCCGCUUCUGUAGCCCGGAUCUGCGACGCCUCCUGGCUCCAAUCCUGGAUGUGUCUGCAGUAAUCACCACACCCAGCACACCACAGGCCACCCAGCGCCCCCAAAGUCCUCUCCCGGCUGAUCUCCCAGAUGACCUGCUCCUGGCUGUGGAGCACACGCACAGGCUCUGUGCUGCUGGGAAGAACCCCGAGUCCGAGGACACCGAUCUGGACAUGGCUCAGGACGCCGACACUCUGGAUUUGGAGAUGCUGGCCCCCUACAUCUCCAUGGAUGAUGACUUCCAGCUCAGCUCCAGUGAGCAGCUGCCCAGGGCCUACCAAAGACCUCCAGGGACUGUGCCCCGGCCCCGCGCUCAGAGCUUCCAUGGCCUGUCACCCCUGAUCCCCGAGCCCGCUCUGCUGCCCCGAUGGGGGAGCGACCCCCGACUGAGCUGCUCCAGCCCUUCCAGAGGGGACCCCUCAGCAUCCUCCUCCACUGCCGGGGCUCGGAAGAGGGCCCUGGCCCAGAGCUCAGAGGACGAGGGGGUGGAGCUGCUGGGUGUGAGACCCCCCAAAAGGUCCCCCAGCCUAGAUCCUGAAAACUUCCUGCUGCCUCCCGUCAGCCUGAGUUUCCUCCUGAUGGGAGGCCAAACCCCAGGGAUCCAGCAGGACCCUCACACCCACCUCCUGGACAUGAAUGGGCCUUUGGGCCUGAGCCCCUCGCUGCUCUCUCUCUACUCAGACGAGGAUGCCGUCCAGCCCAGGAGCCACUUCGCGCCAACCACAGGUUUGGCCCAGGCCCACUGAGUGCACGCCUCUCCUGCCUCGCUCCUCACCUGCAGAGGUCAGCCACACUCCGCACCAGCCGUGAUGCACGGAGUAGGCCUCGCCAGGGUGCCCGCCAGCCUCGGGCCUGCCUCAGUGCCCCCUCUGCCCGCACCUAUUCGGGGGCUCUUUGGGGUGGCCUCAGCUCAGUGACCUCUGGGAGGGGGUCUCAGGCCUCUCCCUCUGCUCUCAGGACUUCUUGGGGUUCUCCAUACAUGGUUACCUCACUCUCCCUUUUGCUGACUCUCUUGGCUUUAUUUGGGGAACUAGGGGCACGGAAGGCUGGGGUCACAGCUGUGUUUCUGGGCUUUGGAGAGGAUGGAUAACCAUAAUCACACUUUCUGUCCCUCUUGUAUUAUUUUUGUUUUUAAUCACUAUGAAUUGCUGAGGGUCCAUCGAACUUGGGACUCUGGUCCUCAGGUGUCCCAGGGGGCAGCUCCUGGGCCAGACCUCACACCCCAGAAACCUCUGAGGGGGGGUCUCUCUUGCUGCCCCAGCUCUGUCUGCCUCCUCUACUCUGGACUUCCUGCUGCCUCCAGCCUCACCUGGAACAUGACUUCAUUCACGGUCUUCCUACUUCAGGGGUACCCUCAACUUCCUCUGCCUCUGAACCACAGGACUUCUGACCUCUGUCCGUUCUAGACUGAAAACCUCCGGCCUAGCCUGAGCGACCUCCAACCUUUCCUGGGCCUCGACUGUGCAGCCUCCAACAGUCUGCUGGAGACCUCACAUCCUCCAAACCCCUGAUUCCAGAUCUCAUGAUCUUCAGCUUUUUCUCGUUCUGGACCUCACAACCUCCAAGCCUGCCUGUUUUCAAGUGCUCUGAGUCCCAAAAAUUGGUGUGAGCUACAGACCCUCUAACUGGCUCUUGCUCUAGAGCCUGAGGCCACCAGACUAUUGGUUCCGGAGCUCAUUCUGUAACUUCUUCUGGUUUUAGACCCCCACACCUGCAAGCUUCUACUUACUUAUUCCAGUCUUCCUGAUCUGUGGGACAUCAGGUUCCAAAUCCAGACCUUUUGGGGUUUUUUUGUUACCAGGGAUCAAACUGAUGACCUUGCACUUACCAGGCAAGUGCUUGAGCCACUGAGCUAAACCCCCGGUCCAACACCUCUUAAUUUCUAAACCAUUUCAACUUCAAAGCAUCUGAUGCCUCAGUUCAUUCCUCUGCAAUAGUCUGCACUCAUCACAGAGAAAUGAAAUAAGCUUUGUCUGGAUCCUGUAGCCAGUCCUUCUAGAGUCAAAUAGCACGUGCCAUUUCUUAGGUUCAGGCCUUCACGGCCUCUACCAUUCACCAGUUCUAGACUACCCAACCCCUGGACAUUGCAACCUCCUCUGAUCCCCUGAUCCCAGAGCUGGUGACUUGCUUCUUCUGAGGUCCUACAGCUGAGUCACAAAUGUCUUGUGACUCUAGACCACAUCCUGUAAACUCCCUCAGUUGUACACCUUACAAUUUCCAAGUCUCGCCCUCCCCCCAUUCCCAAGGUUAGCAACCCAGAUUAGCCUGGGUCUAGAACUCAGUCAUCAAACAUCUUGUGAUCACACACUGCCUGAUAAGUUUUAUGGUUCCAAACCUUACAACCCCAACUCUUCUGAUUCUAGAUCUUACAACAUCAAAAAUCUCUGCUUCUGCAGUCUCCCUCUUAGCUAUCAUUCCAUAAAUUUCUCUGGUUCUAGGCCACGCAGCUUCCAGUUGCCUCUCAUUUUAGAUCCAAAUGCCUCAGGUUCUCGAAAUCUGACUAAAUGUUUCUGAUUCUAAAGUCUAGACUUCGUCCUGCAUAUUCCUCUGGUACCAAAUCCUAUAAAGUCUGACACCCAUACUCCACCUUCUUCACUCCAUUCUGGGCUUCUCACCCCCUCUGAACUUGUCCCAAUUUCUGUCCUCAGUCUUAAGUCUUCCAGUUCCAGGUCCCCCCUCCAGGCCCUGUGCUUAUGAACUUCAUGUUCAAGGCUCAUCUCAUCCCUAAGAUCUCUGUCCUAGAACCCCUCUGACUCCCCACCCAGGCCGUGCUGACAUCCACUUACCUUGACUUUACGCAGUGUCUAGGGACUUGGGGCUCUCAAUCCAGGAGACUUCUCCAGCAAUACAGGUACACACACAACCCUGCCUGCAUAUAUUGGGGUAGGGGAAGACAGGCCAGGACUCCCACUCUCUACCACCAGCUGCCUUCCAUGAUGGUGCUACUCUUGGUCUAAAACAGGAAAACCAACCACCCCUUCUCAACCCCUUCACCCCGUCUCCAGGAGGCACUACUCACUGUUUUGUCAGGGGGUGGUCUGUCCAGAUUGGUGCUAUAGGGGAAAGGAUCUGAUUCCCCUUGCCUCUGGGGGUGACAUGGGCCAUCCUUGAGGGGAACUGUGCUGUGCUAGGGAAAGGGAAGGGACUGGCCCAGCCAUGCUGGCUCUGAAACCCACUACUGUCCCCCCCAAAUCACCAUAAAGACCUUGCCUUGGUAGGCAUCAGA